GAAAGAAAUCACAGAAAUAUCUUCAGAAAGGGGUUUUUUUCAGAUAAACCCUAUUUCACCUUGAGCUUCCACAACCCUCUCCAUCUCCAUAUUCAUCUUCCGACCCUCAGUCUGGAUAAUAUCAGAUAAUCCUACAAAGAAACUGAUGAUGGAACCCAAUUUCUUGUUUUCUUCCCCAAGGACUUUGCCAUACACUACCUCUUUGCCCUCCUUCUUCUCUUACAGAACUUCUUUGCUUCAAAAACCAAAUUCUUUUGUAAAAACACAUCUCUCAAUCUCUUCAACACAAUCAGAAAAGACACCAUUUCUGGGAAAAAGUUUGGUUUUAAAGGAGAAAAAAGCUGAUUCGAGUAACCUAAGAAAAACCCAUGUUCCAUUUGGUCCAAUCAGAGCGAUUGUUAAGAGAAGGAAAGAGCUUCCCUUUGAUAAUGUAAUCCAAAGGGACAAGAAGCUCAAGUUGGUUAUGAAAAUUCGGAAGAUUCUAGCGAGCCAACCCAAUCGAACAAUGGCGCUUCGCGAGUUGGGUAAAUUUAGAAGAGAAUUGGGUCUCGAUAAGAAGAGGCGAUUUAUUGCUUUGUUGAGAAAAUUUCCAGCAAUAUUUGAGAUAGUGGAAGAAGGGGCUUAUUCGCUUCAGUUCAAAUUGACACCUGAGGCGGAGAGGCUUUACUUGGAGGAGCUGAAGAUUAGGAAUGAGAUGGAGGACUUGCUGGUUGUCAAAUUGAGAAAAUUAUUGAUGAUGUCUAUAGAUAAGCGAAUUCUUCUGGAGAAGAUUGCCCAUCUGAAGACUGAUCUCGGGCUUCCUUUAGAAUUUCGUGACACAAUUUGUCACCGAUACCCACAGUAUUUUAAGGUUGUUGCAACUGGACGAGGCCCUGCACUAGAACUAACUCACUGGGAUCCUGAACUUGCUGUUUCGGCUGCUGAGCUUGCGGAGGAAGAAAAUCGAGUUAGAGAGCUGGAAGAGAAAGAUCUAAUUAUAGAUAGACCACUGAAGUUCAACAGAGUGAAGCUGCCAAAGGGUCUUAAUCUUUCGAAAGGUGAGAUAAGAAGGAUUUCUCAGUUUAGAGACAUGCCUUAUAUCUCACCUUAUUCUGAUUUCUCUGCAUUGAGGUCUGGUACACUGGAAAAAGAAAAGCAUGCUUGUGGGGUUGUUCAUGAAAUCCUGAGCCUCACUGUUGAGAAGAGAACUCUUGUGGAUCACUUCACUCAUUUCCGAGAAGAGUUUAGAUUCUCUCAGCAGCUAAGGGGAAUGUUGAUAAGGCAUCCAGAUAUGUUCUAUGUCUCCCUAAAAGGGGAUAGGGAUUCAGUUUUCCUCAGGGAAGCAUAUCGCGAUUCUCAAUUGGUGGAAAAGGACCGGUUGUUGCUCAUCAAGGAGAAGCUUCGGUCGCUUGUUGCUGUUCCGCGAUUUCCAAGGAGGGGAGUUCCAAGAACUGAUACUGAUGGUACAGAGGGAACUGAUGGGCCAGAAGAAGGAAGUGGGAAGGAGGAUGGAGAAGAAUGGUCUGAUGUUGAUAAUAUGAAUGAUGAAUUUGAUGAUGGUGAGGAUGAUUAUGAAGACGAUGAGGAUGACUGGAGUGACGAUGAUGAUAUGCCCCCAGACUUCGAAGAAGAUGGUGGAAAUGUGAAUGCUGAACUGAGCAAACCAACUAAACAGGUAGAUAAGUUGACAAAGAAUGAAGAGAAGGAGCUUGUUCCCGCGUUUCCAGAUGGUCGGCCAAGAGAACGCUGGUAAAUGUAGUAGAAAUUGACAUAUAUUUUAAAGGCUCCGAUCUGGGAAUAUUCAUCCAAAGGUCUCUAAAGUUUUUCCCUUGGACCUAGUUUUAAGAUAUCUUCCCUCAUUCUAGGAGGAGAAGAAUUUACUCCUGUGGUGGUUCUGUGGCUCUUUGCAAAUGUAACUCCUGGAUCACCUUCCCCACUUUUGAGGUCCAAGAAAGUGCUAGAGAAAAGAGUUUUACAGUUUUCAAUUAUUUUCUUCUCUUUUUUCUGUGUAACAUAAUUGUUCGCACUUGCAUAUUUAUGAGAGCACUAAACAUUUAACUUUUGUACCUGCUAAAUCUACUAGGUUUGCUUUUUACAA